CGCUCGCCAGGGGCGGGCAGCGUUCUGGGCAGACAGCCUAGAUCGGCGUUCGGCUGGUGCUGUCUGCGCCCCCUGCUCUGCGGCCCAGCGCGUUCGGUGACUCAGCUCGCGGGGAGCUGCGGGGCCGUGGGAGAGCCAGGCAGAGGCAGUCGAGUGCCGUUUUCCAAUCCGGGCUCGGCCGCUCGCCUGUCUCCAUGGUCACUCGUCCGGCGGUGGCUGAGGAGCCCGAUGGCCGCACGUGGCAGAGAUGCCAUCGCCUGGUACCAGAAGAAGAUUGGAGCCUAUGACCAACAGAUAUGGGAAAAGUCUAUAGAACAGACUGAGAUGAAGGGCUUCAAAAACAAACCAAAAAAAAAGGGCCACAUACAGCCUGACCUGAUAGAUGUUGACUUAAUCAGAGGCUCCACAUUUGCCAAAGCCAAGCCUGAAAUCCCAUGGACGUCACUAACUAGAAAGGGGAUUGUGCGGGUUGUGUUUUUUCCAUUAUUCAGCCGUUGGUGGAUUCAGGUUACAUCCCAGCGUAUUUUUAUGUGGCUUCUGGUCCUUUACCUCAUGCAAGUUAUAGCAGUCGUGUUGUAUUUCAUGAUACCUGUUGCAAGUGCAAGUGAAAUCAUUGGACCAAUGUGCCUUAUGCUACUGAUGGGAACUGUUCACUGUCAGAUCGUGUCCACCCAGAUCAACAAACCCCCGGGAACCAAUGGAAGCAGCAGCAGGAGGCGGAGAAAAUUACGCAAACCUGUGGGUAGUGAUGGGGGCAGAGAUGCUGGCAGUUGGUUUUCCUCUGACAAAGCCAAUAAAGGAGACAAGCAGUUGGAACCUACAUCCAUUAUCAACAGUUUGUUUGGCAUGCUCUUCCGCAGGAGGUUAAGGAGGGUGAAAUUGGUAGCUGAUAAAGGGACUGAAACAGAAAGUGGUGUGAGUUCUGUGUAUAGUGGCAUUAAGCACAGACUUUCCAGAUCCGAAUAUAGGCUGCUGCAUUUCAAAGAGAGAGAGAGACUUUCAGAUGGGGAGAAGAGUCAUCGGAACAUAAAUAUGCUAAACAUGGAAACUUGUGGGAAGAAUAAAGGAGGCCUCUUUAUACUGAAAUGCUUGUUUAUUUGGAUGGUCUUCAAUUCAAAGGAUGGCGGCACACAUAUGGGUGGCAUUUCUGAUGAGCUCUCAAGUGAGGAGGAUGCUGAAGCCAUGGCACAGAGGAUUUUGUUACGCAGAAGUGUAGAAGGGGCCUCCAGUGACAAUAGCUACGAAGACAAGAAUAGGAGACCUCUUACUACUUCAGACCAGUCAGUUUCAAAGGUCAAUCAAGCUAUUAAAGGUACCAGAGAGUCCAAUAGUGUGGAAGAAUCUGAACUAGACUCAACAGCCUUUAGUCAGGAAUCAAGGUCUUGUUUUAGUGGUGGGUCCCAGAGCUGCAGUGUGUCUCGGAGAGACUCUGAAAGCACCCGCCAUGACUCUGAGACAGAGGACAUGCUCUGGGAUGACCUGCUUCAUGGACCAGAGUGCCGUUCUUCCUACACCAGUGACAGCGAGGAAGGGAAUGUAAAAGGAAGUAAACGGGACCUGAAAGACGAUGUUUUCCAACAGAAGCAUUUGUUCUGGCUUCAGAAUACGAGCCCUGCAUCUGCAAAAGUAAGUGCCCUGAUCUGGGAGGGAAGUGAGUGCAAGAAGGUGGACAUGUCUGUGCUGGAGAUCAGCGGGAUUAUCAUGAGCAGAGUUAAUGCCUAUCAGCAGGGAGUAGGCUAUCAGAUGCUGGGAAACGUUGUCACCAUUGGGUUAGCAUGUCUUCCUUUCCUCUACCGGCUCUUCCAUACAAAGAAUCUUGAACAGCUGCGAUCCAUUUCAGUGAAGGAACUUUUGAAUAUCUUUUGUGGGGCUCCUACCAUCACCCCUGUCAUUGUCUUGGCUGUGAUUAACUUCCUUGAGCGUCUCUGCCUGACUUGGAUGUUUUUCUUUAUGAUGUGUGUUGCUGAGAGAACGUACAAACAGCGGUUUUUGUUUGCCAAACUUUUUAGUCACAUAACAUCUGCCCGGAAAGCCAGGAAGUAUGAAAUCCCCCACUUCAGACUCAAGAAGGUGGAGAAUAUUAAAAUUUGGUUAUCACUGCGCUCCUAUCUAAAGAGGAGAGGGCCCCAGCGAUCUGUGGAUGUAGUUGUCUCUUCAAUCUUUUUAUUGGCUCUAUCAAUUGCUUUCAUAUGCUGUGCACAGGUUUUAAAAGGGCACAAAACCUUCCUGAAUGCGGCUUACAACUGGGAAUUCCUCAUCUGGGAAACAGCCCUCCUCCUUUUUCUACUGCGCCUGGCAUCACUGGGCUCUGAAACUAACAAAAAAUAUAGUAAUAUUUCAAUCCUGCUCACUGAACAGAUCAACUUAUACCUAAAGAUGGAAAAGAAGCCAAACAAGAAAGAACAGCUCUCCCUAGUAAACAAUGUUUUAAAACUGUCUACAAAGCUACUGAAGGAAUUAGACACACCAUUUAGACUCUAUGGCCUGACUAUGAACCCUUUAAUCUACAACAUCACACGAGUUGUGAUCCUGUCUGCCAUAUCAGGUGUUAUAAGUGAUCUUCUUGGAUUCAAUAUCAGAUUAUGGAAAAUCAAACCAUGAACUGGCCAAGGCUCAGCCCUCAAUGCUGUGAGGAUUAUCAAACCAUCAGGACAACACUGGAUAGAAGCACGACAUUGGCUUGAGGCAGAGGUGGUCCUAAAUUUUGGCAUAUUUCUUUGUGUAUCGAAGAUGUUUUCUCACAUUGCUUAGUUUUGGAGCCUACAGAAUAAACUAGACUUGUGAGGGCA